GGAAACCUAACAAGUUCUUCUGACUUCCUGAUCCUGGGCUUCACUGAACACCCAGAGCAGCAGCCUUUCCUGUUUGGGAUCUUUCUGGGCAUGUACCUGGUCACCAUGUUUGGAAACCUACUCAUAAUCCUGGUCAUCACCUCUGACACCCGUCUCCACACACCCAUGUAUUUCUUCCUGGUCAACCUGUCGUUCAUUGAUACUUGUUUCUCCUGCACCAUUGUCCCCAAGGUAUUAGUAAACCUCCAGACACGGCACCACACCAUCUCCUACACUGGAUGCCUCAUGCAGAUGUACUUCUUCAUGGCACUGGCCCUCCUGGAUGACUUCCUGCUGGCUGUGAUGGCCUAUGACCGCUAUGUGGCCAUCUGCCUUCCCCUCCACUACACCACAAUCAUGAGCCCCCAACUCUGUCUGCUACUAGUCACCACAUCCUGGCUCUGUGCCCACCUCCUGGCCUUCUCACUCACUCUCCUGAUGUCCCAGUUCUCCUUCUGUGCCUCCCAUUCCAUCCCACACUUCUUCUGUGACCUUCUCCCACUCCUCAAACUCACCUGCUCAGACACCCAUGUCUUUCAGGUCAUGAUGUUUGCUGAAGCAGCCCUCUCAGGUGUUGUUCCUCUCACCUGUGUUCUGAUCUCUUAUGGCCACAUCAUCUGCACCAUCCUCAGGAUCCCCUCUUCUGGAGGGAAGUACAAAGUGUUUUCUACCUGUGGAUCUCACUUGACAGUGGUCACUCUCUUCUAUGGAGCUGUCUUUCUGGUAUAUUUCCAACCCUCAUCCUCCUAUUCAGCAGACACUGGGAUGGUGGCAUCUGUGGUGUACACGAUGGUCACCCCCAUGUUGAACCCCUUUAUCUACAGUCUGAGAAACAGAGACAUGAAAGGGGCUUUGUGGAGACUCUUAGACUGGGGAAAAUAA